AGGCUAACAAGAUGGCAGAAAAUAUAACACCAAACUUAUCAAUAGCACUGUAUCGGUAUAUGUGUCAAAACAUAGUAGGAACAGAAGGUUAUGUUAAACGAAUCAGAUUAAUGAACGCUGUCAGGGACGAUAUGGGAAGUAACAAGAUUAUGACAAAAAUAACAAGUGGAAGCUUUGGGGAAGGACUUGAGAUGCGCGGUAGUGAUUUAGAUUUAAUGUAUGUAAUUAAUACUUGCGAGGUUUACGACGUUAUUAAACCCCGCUUUGAUCCAUAUACAACAUUUUUUUCAAUGGAAACAGAAGAUGUAAAACCUGGGUUUACUCGGUUGAAACAUGAAUAUACAUUUUGCAGAGGGCAGUAUUUUGAAAUGUUUGAAGAACAUAAUGGUGAAUAUUAUAUUUCGAGUGCAUUAUGUAAACAAAAUUUCGUGUGUGAUAAAGGACAAAUAAUCCAUGGACCGUGUAUAUCCGACAAAAAUGGAGUUUAUGACGGUGCUUUUUCUUUACAUUGCAAAACGUGGAUAUCGCCUGCAGUACAGUGGAUAACACGAUCAAGUAACUCCUGGCCGAGUCAUAAUAUCAAACAAAGUAUUAUAAAACACGGUGUACUUUUUGUACCACUCGGAGUUAAGGAAUCACCAACAGAAGAUCUCGAGUGGCGAGUAUCUUUUUCAGUUGGUGAAAAACUUCUUAUAAAUAGCUUUACACACACUCAAUUACUGUGCUAUGCUCUCUUAAAAAUUAUUUUGAAAGAUGUUAUAACUUCUUACUCCGAAUGUAAAGAUUUACUAUGUUCUUAUUUCCUGAAAACUAUUAUUUUCUGGCUAUCUGAAGAACUGCCUCAAUCCGUAUGGAAACCUGGUAAUAUCAUACCAUGUUUUAUGCGAUGUUUCAACAGGCUUGUUUAUUGUGUGGAGAAUUCAGUUUGUUUGCAUUACUUCAUACCAGAAAACAACAUGUUCGAGAACAAAAUAGAGGGCCGUGCUCGUGAAAUACUUUUGGAGAAACUAUAUACCUUGCAUAGCUAUGGUUGGCGAUGCAUCUUUUUAUCAAGUCAAAUAUCUAAGUUCGAUGUUUCAAUGUGGAAUAUUCCCAUCGAACCUCAAACAUUAUAUGUACAAGAAAUUGACAAAUUUAUGAAAUCCAAGUUAUUGAAUUCUGCAUAUAUUGCACUACAAUCGGUAAAAUCAAUCUUUAAUAACAGAAUAAUACAGAGGUUUUCGUGUCAACAGUCUUCCUUAAAACACGUAUAUAAAUACUGCAUUUCAAAUGUGUGUCAUUUAGAUGCUCAGUUUAUAGCAUUGGAUAGGACAUUAUGUGAAAACAAAUACCAAUACAUACAAUAUAAAUCCUGUCUUAGUAUUCUGUUGAGAAAUGUUCACCAUGACGUUGUAUCUGGAUGGCUGAUGGUAGCUUCUUUUUUCUAUAAGACAAAACAAUACAAUACAGCUUUACAUUUUAUAAUCUAUUCUGUAUCGAAAUGUACCACCGAAAAACUUCAUCAUUGCAUGACUAUGUCGGAUAUCCAUAUCCAUCUGCUAAAACUGCAAACAUUUCUAAAGAACAGUUUUGUUUGUUUGUUGAAAGUAAUGUUUGUGGACAAUGUACAGUUUGAGAUGAAUUCUACGUUAAUACCAGAUGAACUUCAAAUGGACGAAUCGAAUAGAAUACAUCACUUUCCAUCUGCAGCGUAUGCUUAUUUCCUGAAAUUUCUUUGUCAUUAUCAUCUCAAUAAUGUCAAACUAUGUCAGAAUUCCCUCCAUGUUUUACAACUGAUUGUAAAAGAAAAUUUUUUGAUAGCAGAUAUGCGUCAUAAAGGAGAAGCCUUCAAUCUUCUUGGAGUUGCUCUACAUAUAUUUGGUGACAAGGAAUCCGCACGAAAAGUAUUCUUACAUUCUGCUGAAUAUUUCCCGGAUCAUUUCAAAUUUGCCGUAAGGAGACUUUUGUUAAUGAAUUGAACGUGACAUGUGUGCAUUUAAAAGAACACCCUUUAAAUGGUGCUAGUGUACUUUUUUGUCAAUCAGAUAAAGUGACAGUAUAACGGAUGACAAUAUGAUAUUUUACGAUACGAUGUGUCCAUGUCUCAGCUCACUAGCGACGUGUUUUCGCUCGCAGUUUUAGAUCUUCAGAUAUAUAGCAGUAUUGCCGUCUAAACUGCAGUUUUAUUGAUUAUGUCAUAUUCAUAUAUGAUUGUGACCAAAUGUGAAUUAGCAGAGUGGGCGAUAAAUGCAACGCACACCACCCGGUUUCGUUCCUUUUGGAAUUCAUGCGACUCCUUCAGUUUUUGUUUAUUGUCUUUCGUUGUAUCGUCCAAAUAGAUUUGCUGCUGUCAGUUUAUUUUAGAAUAUAUUUAAGAAGACAUUUCGAUAAGAUAUUGAAUACGAAGCGUGUUGGUAUAUUUAAAUACCUGUUGUAGUGCUGUAAAGCAGAGACAUUUCCUAAAACAGAAACAAAGUUUUCUCUUUUUUAACUUUAUUUCGAUAUAAAGAGUGCAGCUGUGUUAAUAUCAUCAUCGGCAGUAGGACAACCGGAUGUGACUUUUUGGCCAAAAUUGAUUCGGUUGUGCUCAGUAGUCCUUAGCGCAAAAUUGAUCUAUUUUGCGUCAGCCGACGUCAAUUGAAAAACGGCGCGCUUUCGUUAACUUUUUGUCAUUCGUUCAAUACAAAGUACUGACGAUAAAGAUUGUUGAUUAUAAACAAGUUUAUGAGAAAA